GCCUCCCAUCCUCAGAUUCUUGACUCCCUUUCUUCCUCUCCCUCUGCCCACCUUGUCCUUUAUUCUCCGGGCUGCAUCGCGUCUGUCACUUCGCCACUCGUUGACUCUCGGCCUGUCGUCAUCCUCCAGUCGCUUGCUCCAAGGCCCACGGCCCGCAGAGGACCUGACUCCUGCACCCGCGCACAUCACAUACAUCAUAUCGACUACCGCUAGACACCGACGAAAAAACAUCACAUACCUACCGCCUACCUACCUUUGAACGUCAAUCCCAGCCCUCUCCGGCCGAGCCUUGCAUUGUUCGUACCUAAUAUCGGUAGCCCAUCAUCGUCAUCCCGAGUCUCGAAUUCACCCUCGUGACUGCCACCAUACCGACGAUAUUCAAGGACCAAACCCAUCUUCGUCCUGUCCAUCGCCAGGUCUCCCCUGCCGCCCACUCCCGUGCGUGCUUAUCACUGUAGCAGCAGCAAUAGCAGCAGCAGCAUAACAUCGCUCCGCAAUCUGUCACCGUCAUCUCUCUCAACCUCGAACGACGACCCGACUCGCGCGCAUUCACGCUCUCCACAACUUUACCCAGACAGCACCCACUUCGAGGGAGGGACACUACGUAUACACACCGCGCUCCUAUCUGUCACUCUGUUACUCUGCAAGGCAGCGGCGGCAAUUUCAAUCGCCGGCCUCCUGAUUUUUCUUUUUGGUUGUUGCUGUGUAUUUUCCCAGAUCCCUCGGCCAAAAAGAGACUGGGAUACAUUGCGAAAGGUCUAAAACAGUAAAGCCGGGCCCGAAUUCCACAAAGGAACCACGUAUCGCGCGUCUGCAUCACGCACCGCGAAUACUACCACGACAUAAGCCUUUGGGCCGUGCUCCGCUGCAUCAUCUCCCAGCAAUCACCGCCCUCGAAAGUUCCCUCGCAAUUCCCCUUGGAGACGUUGUCUGCAAAACCUCGACGCUGAUUAGCUGCCGGGCCUGCUGACUUUUUACGAUACCAAAACAUCCACCACCCCUGUCCCUGGCACACGACACAAGCAGCUCCCGAAAAGGGCCACCGAAGAGUGCCUAUCUAAACUUCGUGCUCUGUACAGAUACGGAUACUAGGGAGCAAGAAGCAGGAGGGAAAACCCAAAGGCCAGACGAGCACGUCCGUUCCACCGUCGCGCCCACAUUCGCCAAAAACUGGUCGAACUGGUCCCCUAAUCCUGCGUUGUCCCUUUAUUUGCGGGACAGACAGGACGGACUGGAGUCCUGGACUCAACGAGACAGGACGGCGGCACCCAGCUUGCCACGCAACGGCAACGGCAACGCCCACUCCUCCCGAGUUUCCCACGCCCUUCGUCGCCCACACGCCCACAGCCAAUCUCCAAAAGUCUCCAAAAUCCACUGGUCCAUCAUCCUCCAUCCAGUGUGCUAGUGUCAUCUCACUGCCUGCUCCCUAGUUUGGGCCGCCGCCGCCGCCUCCGCCGCCGGUUUUGACGCUGAGCCACCCCCCCUGCUGCCAGUUCCAGUGCUAUUGCCAGUCCCAGUCACAGUCACAACAGUCACCAUCCCAAUCCCGGUCUCCACAGCGCACCCUACCCUGCCCUGCGCUGCGGCCCCGAGCUGCUUGUGCUCGUGCUCAGUUGUGCCUGGUCUGGUCCCCUUACCGAGUACAGUACUCUUGUACAACCACGCUAAUCACCACACACACAACACACACCCUUCCCUGUCAACCUGUCUUGCUUGUCGGGUCCGGCUUGCCCCGCCGAGCCACUGGGCGCACCAGGGCAUGUCCAGACGCCGCCAUGAUGUCCCCAAGGAGUUUCCUUUACUACAAUAGGCAGCCCUCGGCCUCGACCACACCUACAUCGUCCUCUCCCUCCUCUUCGUCCCUCACGCCCAACUCAACCACUAACAGCUACGCCACCAGCUUGAGUUCGACUUUCGUUAAAACAACAACGACAACGACGACCGUCCCCAUCAACACCUCCAGAACGGCUCAGCCUUCUGCCCUGCUGGAUCGGAAAAAGGAUGCCCAGAACGUCUCUGUCACAGUCACGCCUAUCCCUACUACUUCCACGACCACCUCAGCUACCAUGGCCAAAAGGAAGGAUGCUCGCCGCGAAACGACAAAGUUGGCGCCCUCGAGCCCUCCCAGGACGACUACCAGCGUAACUACGCGACCUACCACCCCGACCACUCCGGUUCAGAUCCCCUCCAAGGCGAGGUCAAAUCCGUCUCACGGCUCUCAUCGCCACGCGCAGCGGAAACCCUUACGCCCCCGGGAUGUGCACUCACCAGAUGCUGUCCCCCCUGCCAUGCUGGCCCUGCUCGCCGUCACUGAUAUCCCCAGACCGCGACGCACUCUGAGGCAGAGGUUCUCCCGAGACCAGCACAUGACUCUCGAGGCUGUCAUUGAAAGACAGCAAGUAUGCGAGAAGGAACUUAGUCUCACUUUUGGCAGCAAAAGCCCCAUGGACCUGCUGCUCUCGCCGCCAGAUGACUUGACAGACGAUGAUAUGUCGAUCAGCGACAGCGGCCUCGGUUCCGUUCUGUCCACCAGGACCGUCUCUGUGGAGUCGGUUCCUUCUUUGGGCGACUCCUUCUCGACCGACACAUUGUCGUCCGUCGAGUCCCCUUACGGAUUCAGCCCGCGAAGAAAGCGAUCCCGUCAGCCCCGGCGGUCCCUGGAGCCCGUUUCAUCGCCUCCCGGCCAGCCGGAGGACCAUCCGCUGUCUCGCGACCGGGUCAACGUGGACGACCUCGAUUUCCGGGUGUUUGAUGAAUCCCAGGACGAGGAGGACACCAAGUCGGAAUUCUCGUUUUCCGACUACACGUUCCCCCUGCGGCCGCUCAAGUCGGCCUUUAAGUCGAACCUGACGGCGUCGCUGCGUGCACUGCGCUCGGCAGCGCGGUCCAUCUCAGCCAUCAACUUCUCGUCGAUCCCGCCUGACGACUUUCUCACGCGGUCGAUUCUCACGAUCGACCCCAAGGUGCCGUACACGGAUGAGCGACGACCACCGGUGCUGGAAGAGGAGCCGUCUGCGGCGCUGCGUCGGUACCUAAACCCCACGACCAACGCUCGCAUCGAGCCCCACACGCCAACGGCGACGGCGACGGGCACGCGAAGCUUUACUGCCUCGAUCCAGAUGCAGACGUACAAGGUUCAGCGAAGCCGCAGCACACCACCCACGUCAAUACGGAGCCCCUCUCCGACGACAUCGGCGAGCACGACUCAGUCACCUACGCUGCCUUAUCAGCCCCCAGCCCAAUCUCCGAACCAGACCGCAUUCACAUACCCCCCCGGCGGUAUGCGUCAACGGGAGAUGCGGGAGAACUCGGAUUUCAUCCGCAUCGCCGUCAUGGAGAUGGCGAUGCGCAAGCAGGGCAAGCUCGACGACCAACGGCCGGGCCGCGCGCGGUGGGCAUUGCCUCCGCGGAAGGCCAACGUGCGGGCCUACGAUGUUGGCGCCGACGGCGUGCCGGCGCGUUGGAUUCCAGCGUCAAACUGAAGUUGUCAUCGUCACUCGAGCGGCUUGGUGCUUCAACGACACCUGUAGCGGCAAACGAAAGGGAAAUCAUUCAAGGUCGCCAACAGUCACACACACACACACACACACACACACACACACACACACACACACACACGAUGCAUCUCUCCACCAACGCGCUGCACUGCGCACCGAUGCCGCAGUGUUUUAGGACUCCACGAGCCGAGCACGUCACAAUUCUACGUGGGGGGGUUGUUUUGAAGGUCUCGUGGCCGGCGGCAAGCUUGGUUUUCCCCCUGUUUGCCGCGGUGUUCGGCCCUCCGCCCCUCUCCCUUCCCUCUUUCAGUGUUGCAACGCUGCGACGC